AUGCAUAUCACCGUGGCCUACUCUCUAGGAGGCACUGCGCUUGCCCUUACCGUUAUCACUACUAUCCUCGACGGCGUAUGCUACGCCUGGUCUAGAUCCUCUCUUGAGUUGGCCGUUCUCAGCCUGAAUGCAGUUGGCUGCGUUGUGCUGGCCCUACUGCUCGUGCUCCAAACACGAUAUCCCAAAACGAAAACAAAAGCUGGGUUGUGGGGAACUUGGCAACACACUGUUCACAUUCUAGUCGUUGCCUAUCUCCUCCUUGCGGCAGGUAUCACGGCCGGUAUAAUCGCAAAGAGCUUGACAAUGGCGCCGGCCCAGGCACAGUUCAUUAGUCGCAAUAUCUUUUGGGUCCUUUCAAUUAUUGCACAAGCUCUCUUCUGUGGCUUUCUCCUAAUCCCCAGGACAAGGCAACAAGAUGAGGAGAAUACCCACAGUUGGCCGCGUCCACUGUCCCAUGAGCUCGAGAUGCUAGAUGAACGGGGUUCGGGCGACAGGAUACAAGAGCGCUCGGACUCACCAUCGCUCUCGAUUACAGUUGAAUCCAACCGGCCUUCACUGUCGCCGCAUCCCAAGACGAGCACUGAUGGGCUGGCACCUGUGCGGCCAUAUGUGUCGAACGUGGCCACGCGCGUAUCUAGUCGGUAUUCAGGCAAGACACUCUUCCAGCAAGAUUCGAAGCACAACUCGAUCGAUCUACAUGCAGGAGUUAUGUCGUCGCCUUCUAAGCCGGAUAUUUCUGAAGGCCGUGACACCUGCAGCGUGGCUGACCAAGAAAAUCAAUCCACUACCACUAUUACUGGAUCUACUUCCAAUCCAGCACCAAAACGAAGUGAUUCAGAUGUGAAGUCCAUGGAUAGUCUCUUGAUCCUCCCAUCUCCGCCCUCGCCCACAGAAACUUCGACCAACCUAGAGUCUAUCGCGACAACCAGCAUGAGACCACCUCUCCUGAAACUUAACCCCCUUCCUAACGAGAAGAAUAUUCACCCACUUUUCCGCUCCGAUAGCCCAUCGCCGCCCCCGACGCCAAUGCCAGGGACAAUGGUCAAAGCAUCGCCUGUGGCCGGGACGACCAUUUCCGCAAAGACACUGAGCCGGGUACGAUCAACUAACUCGCUGCGGGUAAGCAAUAACGGGCGUUCUCGCUCACCAUUGUUGUCGGAAAGAAUGAGCACGGCUGAGGAGGGCGAGCUAUCAUCUUCCUGUCCGCCAUCCCUUACUUCAUCAAAAUCAAUACCCAUGCCGGGGAUUAUAAUGGCGGGAGAUCUACGGAAGAGUAUGUUGCAGUAUGAGAAGAAGUAUGAUUUGAAUGAAUCACCUCUUGAGGGUUGA